UCAAGCUUAAUACAAGUUCCUUUCGAUGUUGCGACCUCAAAGUUAAUGGAGAGCCAAUACCCAGUUUAAGUUGUUGCAUUGUUAUCGCUCUUAUGGAUUCAACUAAUAUUUUUUCAACUCCAAUAGUGAACCCCGACCGUCACCCACAUUCUAACUCUUCGGCGCCGUUCCUAUCUUCAUGGACCGCUUGUGAUAGUUCAACUCCGACAACCAUAUCCACAUGCGCGCAAGCGUCGUCCCCCUUGUUGGGACAAUACUUUUGCAGUCGACAUAGACCUGGUUCCGUAAGUAGGUCAGCCCCACUGCUGCGGACUUUUCUGACCCCCACCCAGACUGCACAUACGCCCCCACAUCCCGUCGGCUCCGACAGCUCCCUCCUACCUUCGCACACAGCGGCGCAGCGUACGCAAAGCACCUGGUGGCAUGUGCCACCGUCGCCGCCAUCACCUCCGUUGCUGCCGAAUCACUUUCACUUAUGCUGCGCGCGUCGGGCCGUGUUCUUGUGCAGCUUUGGCCCGCGCCACCGUAAGAGACGCACACGAGACGCGUCAACCGCUAGCAGCGUUUUCCCUUUCGAACUCAACACAUUGCGGCCUCCAACUUAUUUUGAGGGUGUUGCGCUGCCGUCAGUUGUGUGGCUACCCACGGGGCGUCAAGUGAAGUAGUGUCACCCAGGAGGGGAGCUCCGAUAAGGACGGAACGAAACAAAAGUGGGGGGGGGGGCUGAUAGACGAAGAAAGAAAGAAUGAGAGUGGCCGCGGCCCUUCAGGAGAGUUCGAAUGGCGCGCGGGAGCUAGUGGAAUAAGGAACGGCAGUAGAACUGCAUCGCGUAUAAUACAAUAGUAGCAAUUAUAUGAGUAAUAUCAGGAGUAGAUUAAUCAGUCUCGAUAAUAGCUGUAAUAAGGACGAAUAGUCGCAACAAAAAUUCGGACGCGAAGUGAUCGGUUGUGUGUAUGUGACUCGUACUUGAAUCAGUGAUUCGAUGACGCGACUGCUCCAGAAUCGGUCUAGUGUCGUCGUGAUUCAUCAGUGACGUUCUUCCUGGUCUUUCAUUGCAUUUCGGCAAUAAUCAGUUGCGCCUUCAAGGCGCGUCUUUGCGACGGUCACGGCUGCAUGUUGCGCCCGGGGUUAGAUAGUACUCACCCGAUAUGUUAUUGGAGAUGGAGCAGCACUCGGGCCUCAUAUCCCUCAACAUGUCACCGUUUCACCUGAGCCCCCAGAGCAGUCCUCAGGAUGCAGGCAGUGCGUCUCAACAAUCCCAACAAUCCCACCAGACUCAUCAGUCCCACCAGUCCCAUCAACCGCAUCAGUAUAGUCCCUCAACCUACGGUAGUUGUGUGCAGAGCCCGGGCUCGAAUCUUUGCCAUCAGCAACAAUCACAGUUAGGCCAGAGUAGCCAGGGACCGACAAGCUCACAUUCGGGCCCACAGCAGCAACAGCCUACACAGCAACAAACACCCGGGACCAUGUCUGGCUUCGAAGCUGUUUUCUUUGACGGAACCAGUCUCGAAGAGCGUUGUCCUAUGUGCGGCGACAAGAUGUCCGGCUACCAAUAUGGGCUCCUGAGCUGCGAGUCCUGCAAGGGCUUUUUCAAACGCAAUAACUCGCCAUGCAGUAGCAAGAAAGUGUACACGUGUCUUUUCUCGCCGACAGGUGGCGGGGGCCCCGGCGGCAACUCCACCGGCCUCGAGCCCAACAGCUACGCCGGACCCACGUCCGGCGGAGGUGGCAGUGGCACCGGAGGUAACACUAACGGUGUCGGCGGCAAUACCAGCAAUGGCACUAACAGCACCGGCAACGGCAGUAGCAACAAUAGCAACAACAACAGUGGUGGUGGUAACGGGAGUACGGGCGGAAAUGCUAAUGGCGCAGCGUCGGGCGUCAUGUGCCACCCGGGCCUUACCGGUCAAGUCGGUGUAGGCGUGGUCACAGGCUCAAUAUCCGGACCAUCAGACUUUCCUGACACGAAAGACGUGAUCGAGGAACUUUGUCCUGUAUGUGGCGACAAGGUAUCGGGAUACCAUUAUGGCCUUCUUACUUGCGAAUCCUGCAAGGGCUUCUUCAAGCGGACUGUGCAAAACAAGAAGGUGUACACGUGCGUAGCUGAGCGAUCGUGUCACAUAGACAAAACUCAAAGGAAAAGGUGUCCCUUCUGCAGGUUUCAAAAGUGUCUCGAGGUUGGCAUGAAGUUGGAAGCGGUCAGAGCAGAUCGGAUGCGUGGUGGCAGGAACAAAUUCGGACCGAUGUACAAACGCGAUCGGGCGCGAAAAUUACAGAUGAUGAGACAGCGACAACUUGCUUUGCAGACGAUCCGGGGCACUCUUGGUGAUCCGGCUAAUUAUCCCGCAACGGUCACGCCUUUUUUGCACAUCAAGCAGGAAAUACAGAUACCUCAAGUCUCAUCGUUGACGUCUUCGCCGGAUUCAUCACCCUCGCCAGCAGCUGUGGCCGCUGGCCUUGUUACAACACAAGCUACCAGCGUUUCCGGGAGCGGACAGCAUCAAAUGAUCGCACCCUCUUCGCAAGCCUCUUUGACUUCAGCAACAAGCAACAGUGGUCAUUUGGGCCAUGGGCCUGGAAGUGCCUCCGGUAUCAUUGACAGUGCCAAACUUUGGCCGGCCAAUUCAACGACGCCUAGUCCCAAAAGUUUCAGUGGCUUUGAACAACAUUCUAGCCACGGUAGUCAUUUACAUCCAGCUAGCCUUGCAAACCAUCACCCAGCCGGUGCUGCCGGCACCCCGGGUAACGCUAACGUGCCUGGUCAACCAGGCAAUGGCGUCGCUAUUAAAACUAGUCCUAUGAUUCGAGACUUUGUGCAAACGGUCGACGAUCGUGAAUGGCAAGCUUCUCUUUUUGGUUUGCUGCAAAACCAGACGUACAAUCAAUGCGAGGUCGACCUGUUUGAGCUCAUGUGUAAGGUCCUUGAUCAAAAUCUCUUCUCUCAGGUAGACUGGGCGAGGAACUCUGUAUUCUUCAAAGAUCUCAAGGUUGAUGACCAAAUGAAAUUACUUCAACACUCCUGGUCAGAUAUGUUGGUGCUCGAUCACCUACAUCAGAGGUUACAUAAUAAUUUACCCGAUGAAACGACGCUUCACAACGGUCAAAAGUUUGAUCUUCUUUGUCUGGGUCUACUUGGAGUUCCAUCGUUGGCGGAUCUUUUCAAUAAUCUUUCCUCAAAACUUCAAGAGCUCAAGUUCGAUCUUUCUGACUACAUCUGCAUGAAAUUCUUAAUGUUACUUAAUCAUGAUGUGCGUGGACUGGUAAACAAGAAACAUGUUCAAGAAGGUCAUGAGCAAGUCCAACAGGCACUUUUGGACUACACUUUGACCUGUUAUCCAUCUAUACCAGACAAGUUCAAUAAAUUGUUAGCAGUAUUACCUGAAAUUCACGUGGUAGCAAGCAGAGGCGAAGAUCAUUUGUAUCAGAAGCAUUGUAACGGAGGUGCACCUACGCAGACACUUCUUAUGGAGAUGCUGCAUGCCAAAAGGAAAUGAAAAUGAAGUCAAUGACAGCACAACGAAGCGUUGCUG